GCAAAAUAUAUUAAAUUUAUAUCUAAUGCAAAUAACUAAGAAUAAUAGCUAUCAAAUUGCCUUAACGUUUCCGGUAACUCCCUCAAUCCUAACCCAGACCUUGCUACUAAUUUGAUCAAUAGAAUUAUAUUCAUAAAGAUAUAGCUGCAGCUACGCGUCAUACUUUGGCAAAUGCAUCAUAGUAAAGACUAGUUUUUCUGCCAAACUAGAGCAGCGUAUGCUAAAGAUAGGUCGGGGAUCGGUGUAUGUACCUACAAUCGGUGCGGACGACAAGGACAACCUUGGCCUUAGAAGUUUAUAUAAUGAGGAAGCACGAGAUCACGAGCUCAGUCGCGUUGUUUCGUUUCGAUCCACCGAUUCGUUACCUGUUUAAGUUUUUUUCAAAUGCGUUCAUGAUGCAUAAUUAUUUCCAUUUAUAAAUAAUUAUAAAUAAUUAUUUAUAUUUUUUUAAUACUGAAACUCAUUCCAAUCAAUCAAUUACAAUAAUAAAACAGUGAUUCCGUAGCAAAAAUUGAUGUCUUAUUGAUAUUAAUUGUAAUUCAAGAUAAAUGUUCCCGUUUCAUUAUAUAUUGAUAUAUAAUAAUUCCAUAUAUUACUAGAAAAUAGUUGAAGAUAAAGAUUAAUGAAAAUAAUUUUGAAUACCUGAAACUAUUAAUUACCAUUCCAUAUUUUUAAUGUGGAUUACAACAACAAGAAGAUGUUGCAUCGCAAAAUUUCAAUGUUUGAAACAAUAAACAGAAGAUAUUAGAUUAUUUCAUCAGUGAAUCGUGCACGAAACGAAUUUGAGAGGAAAUAAGAAUAUAAUAAUAUUUUGAGAUCUUUAAAAGUGAAACAUUGGAGACAAUUGAAACGAGAGAAAUGCGACUGGAUCGUCAAAACAUGACCAUGGUGACACGACAAGUCUAGAAUUGGAAAGAGAAGAUGCAUUUGAUUUUACUCUGGGCGUUGGUUGCCCUAAUUGGGCAUGCAGAGUGCAAAUGCAGUCUAGCACCGAUUGUAAAUAACGAACGGUCGAUCGCCUACGUUUGCACUCAUGACGACCUGAAUGACCUCGAUGAAGUUUCUAACGAGGCAGAUUGGAUUGAAUUCACGGUAUCGCGUAUUCAUCUUAUAUCAGACAAUGCGUUCUGGCGUUUCAAAAAUCUCAGAAGACUUUCUUUUUACAAUUGUCAUAUCAACUUCAUCGGUCCUAAUGCUUUUUCUGGCUUAAAUAGGCUGGAAUGGCUAAUAUUCCAUGGGACUAAGAUUCAUAUAAUUAAGACCGAUUGGUUCCGUCCUUUGACAAACUUGAGGAAACUUAUUUUAGAUAGGUAAAAUAUAUUUACCCUUAUGUUUAUUCUAUAAACAAUGAGAUUCAAUAUUAUCUAUUGAAUUAGUACAAUUAACUUUCAAUAAACCGGCAUGCUAAGGACUUCGACGAUGCCGAAUCAUCAAGUACUACAUCGGAUUAUUUAACUUAACUAUUCUUAGGAUCUAUUUUAACUUCAUGGAUUAAAAUUCAAGAUGUGGCUUAGUGCAUAUCGAAUCUGACGUAUUCCGUAUGCUACCGAGAUUAGAAGUUCUAGGCUUGCGCGAUAACGAUCUUAACUGUUUACCGAUCGAGGAACUAUCUUAUCUGCAAAACCUCAGAACCGUACGUAUCGACGGAAACCCCUGGCUCUGCGAGUGUCAACAAAAAUUGAAUAAAUAUUUCCGAUCUCAAUCUAUCGUUCAAGAAUGUUUGAGACAAAUUAAUAUUUGUAGAAAAUAUCAAUGUAUGACAUCUAUUGGAGUUCCGAUUUUUUCUUCUGUUCCAAUUACACAACAGUUCUACAACUUUAAUAAAGAACAUAUGAUGAUUCAUGGAAAUGAAUUUCAAACAAAUGUACUCACUUCUUUAAACAGACUUCCAGAUAAAACUACAUGGAUACAAAUUUCUGGUUUGAUAAUAAAUACGUUGCCAAAAUAUAUUUUUUUCAGAUUUGGAAAUAGUUUAAAAAACUUGGAUUUGAAUGACUGUCGGAUUAAUAUGAUUGAAAACGGAGCUUUUGCAGGUUUGCAUAAAUUACAACGGCUUUCUUUGAUUGGUAAUCGAUUACCUGUUUUGGGUAUCAAUUGGUUUCGAGAUCUUAUCAAUCUUCAACAAUUAAUUUUACAACGAAAUGAAAUAGAAAAAAUAGAAAGAACUUCUUUAUGGCAUGUGAGAGAUACUUUACGAUAUCUCGAUAUUCGAGACAAUUUGCUUCAAUGUAUAACCAUUGAAGAAUUGAUUGAAUUGAAACAAUUAGAGAGAUUAGAUGCUAUGGGUAAUCCCUGGCUCUGUAGCUGUCGAAACAAUCUCCAAAAUUUCCUUACUCAAAAAAAUAUUGGUUUCGAAAUCAACACAGGUCGAUGUAAUGAAAAUGAAAACGAAAUUUUAGAUAACAACAACAAUUGGCGUCAGCAACAGAUUGUUCAAAAUACUUUAAUCACUACUGGAAAAAUACAUUGGACUUCCUUUGAAGAUAGCAUUAAACAAACAAAUAUAUCGAUAUUAAAAUCGCCUCUUUUAUCCCCUCCAUCAGAAAUUCAUAUAGACACAUCGCAACUUCCUAUUUAUACAGGUACGUGCUAUCCAGAAAAAAUUGAUGAAAAAUCUAGAUCGACUUACAUUUGUCGAGGUAUUACAUCUAUUGAGGAAUUGAAUCUGAUACCUUCAACAACACAUACAAUUCGAGUUAUUUUAUCUAACAUCAAGAAACUUCCUGAAAAUACUUUCACACGCUUUGAUGGUUAUUUAUCAAGAUUGGAAUUUCGAGACUGUGGUAUUGAAAGAAUCGAAUCACGUGCCUUUUCGAAUCUUCAUAAUUUAGAAUACCUAUCUCUUCGAAAUAAUCAACUUGAAUCUAUAAAUGCAGACAUGGUUCAGGGCAUUUACAAUCUAAGAUAUUUAGACGUAUCUCACAAUAAUAUAUAUCGAAUCACAAAUGAUGUCUUUGAUCAAUUGCCGUAUCUUAUUAAUUUAGACAUAUCUGACAACAAUAUAAACUGCAUCGGUAUUGAAUAUAUGGCCCAUAAAUUACGUUAUUUAUCGUCUCUGGAUGUUUCUAAUAAUCCUUGGAGUUGUCUAUGUGGCACCAAAUUAAUAGAAUUUUUAAAUAAACGUGGUAUAAAAUACGAUAAAACAUUAUUCUUGUUAAAAGAAGAUUGUUAUUCCUCAUUUAGACCUGAUAUUAUUACCAACUCACCAAUUCUAGUGACAACUAAUAUUCCUCUUUCAAAUGAAACUAUUGAAGGAUCCUGUACGAUUCAUGAAGAUGCCACAGGAAUUCGAUAUCGAUGUAUAGAUGGCAAUUUGUUGUUAUUGCAAUCAAUACCAUCAAAUGUCAGUGCAAUCGAAUUUAAUGAAGGACAUUUACCGCGAUUACCUUUAGAAUCUUUUUCAAAAUUUAUAAAUUUGCAAGAACUCAUUAUCAGAAAUUCUGGAUUGACAAUAAUAGAGCAUGGUGCAUUUAAUAAUUUAAAUAAAUUGAUCAAUUUAACCAUUCAGGAUAAUCCUCUGGAAAUGAUAGAAUCUUCUUGGUUUAAUCUGGAAAAUUUAGAAAGAUUAGAUUUACGUGGCAAUUCAAUUAAGUAUAUCGAAUCUGGAUCAUUUCGCUAUCUGAAUCGAUUAAUAUAUUUAAAUCUAGAAGGGAAUGAUUUAAAAUGUAUUUUUACUAGCGAUUUGAAUGAUAUGCCUAAUGUAUAUAUUAUUGAAUUUUCUGGAAAUCCAUUGAAAUGGAGAUGUAGAGUUGAAUUGGAACAGUUUUUAGAGGCUCGAAAAAUUAGAUUUAUAAAAAUUGAGAAUUCUUGCGAAGGUAAAAAAUUGGUGAGAAAUCUUCUGUUGCAAAAUAAAACUGAUGGAUCUUUUGAUUGUCCAUCUGAAUGUUCAGCAGCCAUUAAUAUUGAUCGAUAUUUAUCUAUUUUAUUUAUAUUACCAGUACUAAUGACACUAAUUUAUUAAAAAAAUCUUAUAAUUGAUACUUAAGUAUAAUAUAAUGAUCUAUUCAUUGUAAAAUAUUGCAUACUGUUUUUCACACUGUUAUUCAAAUAAUUCAAAUAUUUAAAUGUACCUAUUGUUAUUUUUUUCUUCAUUAAUCUUUAUUAAUAGUUUAUAUUAAAAGAAUACAUAUGAAAUUAUUAAAAGAAAUUUUAUAUUUUAAUGCAAUGCUUAAUAAAUAUAAUACGAAAAUAAAGGAUUUAAUAACUGUUAAUAAAGGACUAUCAAGAAUAAAAAGAAAUGUAUUUAACUAUUGUAUUUUUUAAACUUAUAAUAUUCUAUACUCUAUUUUAUAUAUAUAAAUAUACUCUUUUUUGUUUUCAUAAAAAAUUAGAUUUUAAUUUGUAUAAAUAAAAGUUUUCAUUUAUAUAAAUAUAUUUAUUGAAAAAUGUUUAUUAAAAAAAUGCUUUAAUAUCAAA